CUGUUAUUGGCAAAGCAAACCCACUGCCGCUGCUCCUGAGCACUUCUGUCGCCAGCGCAGUGUCGCUAACUUUUCGACAAUCAACGGCGAUAGCAAUUACUCAGUUAGUGUCAGAAAAGGGUGAUUAGCAUCGCGGACACACUUCGCGACAAGUGGAACGAACAAUCAAAUUAAUGGAAUUGCGAAAUGAAUUCAAUCCUCGCGUCGAACUAUUCACAAAGUCACGCUUGCAACGGCACAUACGAUUGUCAGUACGAAGCCGCGCCUAUUGUAAAUCAUUUGGUCACCAAUAAAAUAAGAAAACAACUUGAUUUGGAGUGGUAAAAGCCACUGUUGCGUACCUACAAACAUAUGCAAAUAUGAAGCAGCGCAAGACCACCAGCAUAAGCGUGCAGCAGCCGGUGCGAUUGGACACCUUCACCUUGCUGUUACUGCGCCUGGGCCAGCUGUUCGGCCAGUGCGCUGUGCCAUUGCGAGGGCAGUGUGACCUCGCCACGGUCAACCAACGCCCACAGCCGGUCAGCGUGUGCCAGCAGCGGUUCCUGUUGCUGUGGCAUUGUUUACAUUUCAUAUGUUUUUUCUUGGUGCACUUGUGGACAAGCGUCAAUCACGAUUCGAUACUCUACAACAGUGAUAGUUUCGGAAAAUUUAUUGAUUUUCUCAAAUUGAUUGCCGCAAUUAUAUCGCAUUUCGUAAUAAUCACCGAAACAAUAUUAUGUCGCCGUCACAUGCAAGAUUUCCUCUUGGCCUACACACAGCUCCAUUAUAAAUGGCAUGAUUGCGCUGGGGGCCGUGCCGAAUUUGGCCUUUAUCGCAUUUUCGUUUUUCGAAGUAGCCUUUUCAUUGUUGCUGUGAUUAUAGUGGAUGUGGCUUACAUACAAGAAAUUAGUAGGAAUCGUAAAUGGUUAACAUUUUUCAUACCCUUCGUACCGAGUGGACUCAUUUGUAACCUUCGAACCGUGCAAAUCACGUUCUUUAUGGAAAUGUUGCGCAUCGAGGUGGAGCACUUGAAUAGGAAUGUUGAACGUUUGGUCUUAUUUAGUGAACGCAACUGCCGCGUAAAGUUUCAAAAGCGGGACCAAUUCGUACAAAAUAUAUGCGCUGAGCUGCAGGUACUCAUGGAAUGCUAUCAGAAUAUCUACGAAAUGUCUAUACUAUUGAAAAAAGCUGUGGGUAGAUCCAUGACAUGUAACUAUAUUAAGGAUUAUGUUUUGAUUUUAUCCGAAUGUUACUGGUCCUAUUGGAUGGUUUACAACGGAGAAAAUAUUACUGAGUACCUUUUAAUUAUUCCAACUUCCGUGUCAAUCGCUUUGUUGUUAUUAACGUCACGAAAUUGUAUGCGAUCGACAAAUUUUCUCGCACACAAUAUACAUAAAAUACGACAUGAUAUUGAAGAUUACCAAAUUUCAACACGGCUACAAAGCUUUGCUUUGCAAAUGCUACACCAGCGGAUCAUCCUCGACGGCUUUGGCUUCUUCGUGCUGAAUUGUGAUAUGGCAAGAGAUAUUCUCGGCUCAAUAGCCACUUACAUGAUCUUCUUUAUACAAUUCAUGCCCAAAUUCAAAAGUUUUUAAGCCGCUGAAUGUUGACUACAUAUUUACAAGAGUGUGUAUAACUUGGAUCUACUUCGAUUCUUAUUACUAAAUAUUAAUAAGUUUGUAAAGAGCGAAUUAUUUAAUUGUGCACAUAAGAAAAAACUACAUAUUCCCAACAUUUCUUUUACGAGUGUAUUAAAAUAAAAAAAAAAAACUAAACAGAAAUCUUUCACGAAUUACUUUUCAAUUACAAACUUUGUAUUUUUUUACGAGUGGUGAUACUUAUAUUAAUUGCUUUGGGUAUCAACUGACAUCACCGAAAGUUUUCGCUAGCCUAGACAUUUUAUAAUGCUUAUCACAUUCCAUAUAUACUUAUCAUGUUCGAACAUUUUUUAAAAAUUAGAUCAUUAUUAGUUCAAAAAUUUAACCAAUCACCCUCGUAUUUUUCGUAUCCAAUUUGAUCCAAACUGGUCCAUUUAAACUGCGCACGCAAAUCGAUGCGAUACAGAAAAUCUUCCUAGCUUGGUACAACCUUUUUGAUGUUCGUGGUAAAUUUGAUCUCCAUAUGUCAAUUGUUGUGUGUUUGACAGCUGUUUGCUUACUGUUUUUGUGGCG